CUUUUACAUGAAUUAUACUACUCGAAGCUUGUAUUUUUUCGUCGUCUUCGCGUUCCCGUAAGUCCUACAUUCAAACUCAAGCUAUUUCCUCGACUGUAAGUGGCUUUAGGAGCAAAUAAGAAUUUACCAAUUAUGAAACUCUCUCUGGAUUUAACAUAGUUAUGCUUUUGAGCGCACCUCAACCGCUCUGCUUUUAAUGAGCCUAACUCGUCUAAACUUAUUUGCAUAAAGUUCGGUUUAUGACAACAAACACGGCCGCUAAGCUGGCCAUAAAGUGCAUGCCGGAAAGUAUAUUUCGCCAUAUAUGAUCACAAGGAAUGCAAAAUUUUAAAAAAAUGCAAUAUUUUUCCUCAUUAAGACUUCGAAUAUUCCUGAAUUCUUACUCGCCCUAAUAUCUGAAGUGUUUGUCAGCUUGAGUUUGGGAAAGCUUGCAAAAUUGGGAGGAAAACGUCAAAUCGUCCACGAAUAUUGCACUCUGUUGUGAGAAACAAACGAGAUUCAGUCUUGAUUUCGCUAUAGCGUAUCUUUCAGUUUGUACUUUUGAGUAAAGCUAUGGGAGGGAAAACAUCAAAGGAACAAAAUGCCAAUGAGAAAGAAGGGAGAUCAAAUGAAGCUGUACAGGAUCUCACAAAGAAUAAGAAUUGGGUAAAAAAAAUGGAGGAAUAUUUUGAUGCUGUCGAUUUAAACAAGAAUGGCUACCUCACAGUUGAAGAGAUUUUAAAAUGGUCCGACAACAUGAAAGAACUGUGUAGUGUAAGCGAUGAUGAAAGUGAAAACCUACAGAAGUGUUUGAAAGAUUUUUAUGGCGCGGCUGGUCUGCUCCCUGGUAAACAAGUCACGAAAGAAGAGUUUAUCGAGGGCGUGAGUCAUCUGAGCGAAGCUGAGCUCGAGAGGAAGAAGAAUGGGGAGGAGACUUUGAUGGAAAGUCUUUGUAAUGCAUUUUAUAACGUGAUGGAUCUUAACGAUGAUGGUAAAAUCACCCUGAAUGAAGUGAAAACUAUCAUGAAAGCUUGUAAUAUGACCGAAGAUGAGGCUGAAAAAUGGUUCAAUUUAGCAGAUAAAAAUAAAAAUGGCGUUGUUGAGACUCAUGAGUUGACUAAAGCUGAGUUUGAGUCUUGGUUCAGUCCGGAAGAAGAAGAUUCUUAAGCAGUGAUAAAAAACAAUGUUGUUAUUAUGAUUAUUGACAUUAGUACAUUACUGAUUUAGUGUUGCCAACAAAUUUAAAAGGUCGUUAGUUUUUAUUGAAUAUUGCAUGGUAGACAAUCUAUAGAAUAAUUAUGGUUUGGGCAAAUAUUUUUUAAUAAAGAAAUGUUUUUUUUUCACUUAUUACGAAGUAGGUUUGAGUAUUAUAUAUUAACAUGAAAUAAAAUGUUGUCAUAAACUGAUAAACGACAAAUACUUUAGGAAGACUAGUAUGCGUGUUAUAAUAUAAUUCGCAUAGUUACCAAAGAAUACUAACUACGUCUACAAUCUAGAAGAAUUAAAUAUUGAUAGGUGCGGAUGAAAUUGCAGCUAAAUUCGUAGUGUACGAGGUCGUAUCUGAUCUGAUUUUAUGUACUAAGCCAUUAUAUUAGAAGCCAAAUGCCUUAUUAAUAAUAGAUUGUUUAGUGUAUUCGGCAUCACGAAUGUGUUAAAAACAAUAAGUAAGGCUUUUAGCAGAGUAAUGUUGUAGAAGUAAGAAGGACGGAAAAUGAGACAUUUUAUCAUUCAAAUGUGGUUAAUACUAGGCCUUAUACGAUAUUAUAAAAUUUUAUGCUUUCUAUAUCACUUUGCAUAUCAGCACCCAAUAUUUCAACAUUUGCAAUAAUUUCAAACACGAACGAACAUUUUCCGUCUCCCAAGUGUGCUCAUUUACCAGUGCCCUUAAUUAAGGAAAGUAAGGCCAAAAUGGAGACAUUUUGAUUUCAGAUUUGUGAGUGUUCGGCUACUUCGUUCAUUCAACACACACUGACCCUGAUUGUGUCUUGUUGAAUCAGUGAACUGUGUCUGCAUGUGUUAAAUUCACUUUGCA